AUGGCUGCCAACGGAGCGCAGGACAGCUUCUCGCUGUCCGACGUCUUGGCUGCCGUCAUGACGAUGCGGAGCGGGGAGCAGGACGCAAAGAAAAAGGCACAUGCCUACCUAGAGAGCUUUCAAAAAUCUAAAACCUCUUGGGGUACCAUUAUUGGCAUCUUGCAGUCAAAGGCUGAACCAGAAGCAACACUGUUUGCCGCCAUCACACUCCGCGGAAAGAUCACUUAUGACCUCGCUACUCAAGUCCCCACGACCGAACUUCCCGCUUUGCGAAACCAGAUUCUUAUGCUGCUCAAGGAGUUUGCCGUUGGACCGAAACCCAUCCGCGUGCAGCUCUGCGUUUGCCUCGCAAUACUGGCCAUCCAGAUGAAGGAUUGGAACGACGUCUUGCCCUCUGUGGUUCAGUCCCUUAGCGAUAGCCCCGAGAGCCACGCCUGCAUCCUCGACUUUCUGCGCGUGCUCCCCGAAGAAGUCACCGAGGGCCGGAAAAUUACCUUGUCUGAAGAUGAUCUUGCGGACCGCUCAAAGGUGUUACUGGCGGACAAUACAGACAGAGUUGUGCAACUGCUAAUCAAUUACUCACAAUCUUCGCCGGCUGCUGCUCGUAACCCGCAACUCAUGGAAUGCAUCACAUCGUGGCUUAGAGAAGUGCCUGUCGGCAGCAUCGCCAAUUCUCCACUGCUUGAUGUUGUCUUCAAUGGUGUCACUGCAGACGAAUGCAGCCAAGAAGCAUCCGAGUGUCUCUGCGUCAUGAUACGAGAAACGCGCGACGUGGACGAAAGUCAAGAAACUAUUCAGAUCCUUUUCCCUCGCAUCGUCAACCUGCAGCCUCGCAUCGCUACAGUGGUGGAGGAAGAAGACACGGAGGCGCUGAAAGCGCUGACAAAAGUAUUUGCCACCGCCGCAGAAUGCUGGGCUGUUGCCAUUGCCCGCCAGCCUUCCCACUUCAGACUGUUGGUUGAGGCUGUACUCGAGUGUGCUGCUCGAGACAAAGACCAAGAUGUCAUCGAGUACACAUUUCCUUUCUGGUACGAGCUGAAGCAGUAUCUUGUGCUUGAACGUUACAUUCAGAGCCGAUUAGAAUUGGUCGACGUCUAUUCUAAACUUGUUGACAUCCUGCUGAAGCACCUUCAAUUCCCUCGACCGGACUCUGGAAAUGAAGGCGAUCUCUUUGAUGGUGACCGCGAACAAGAGGAAAAGUUUAGAGAGUUCCGUCAUCAAAUGGGAGACACACUCAAAGACUCUUGCGAAGUCAUGGGCGUCACAGAAUGCUUGACCAAGGUGCUCAGUGCUAUCCAAGUCUGGAUGCAGAACCACGCCAGUCAAGUCAAUGACACCAAUGUGCCUAACUGGCAAGAGCUCGAGGCUCCGUUGUUUGCAAUGCGGGCUCUCGGACGGAUAGUGGAUCGAGAUGAGGAGAUUGUUCUUCCGCAGCUUAUGCCGCUGCUGGUUCAAAUUCCCAACCACGAGAAGCUCAAGUUUGCCACCAUCAUGGUGCUUGGUCGUUACACCGAGUGGACGGCUGCUCACCCAGAAUACCUGGAGCCGCAGUUCAACUACAUUGUCAACGCCUUUCAGGCCGACUCCAAGGAGAUUGUUCGAGCUGCUGCGUUGGCCAUCAAGUUCUUUUGCACCGACUGUAGAGACCUGCUAAGCGGGCAGGUUCUGCAGCUUCAGACGUUCUAUGACCAAGUUCUUGACAAACUGCCAAACCAGAGCAAGGAGGAAGUGACAGAUGGUGUGUCCAGUGUGGUUGCUGUGCAACCUGCUGAUCAGACAUACACGUUGCUCAAGAUGUACUGUGACCCUCUCAUCCAGCGCUUGAUGACCAUGGCAAACCAGGCAACUGAUAAAGAAAGCAAAAUUGCUUUGGCUGAGCAUCUCCAACUCAUCACCGUAUUUGUCCAAAAUGUCACGCCUGCAGUGAAUCCCGGCGAUGUCAACCCGGCUGUCAAGUACUGGCAAGAAGUCUUUUCUAUCCUCUCGACAGUCCUCGAAAACUUUCUGGACUUUACUCCCAUCUGCGAGAGGAUAUGCCGCUGUUGGAGGAAUAUGAUUGUGUCGUACCGCACGGCAAUGGCGCCUCUACUGCCCGAAAUGGCCAACAAGCUGGCCAGCGGCUUCACGACGUCUCGUGAGGGAUGCUUCUUGUGGGUGACUGGCACCAUUCUGCGCGAAUUCUCCGAGGACCGCGACAACGUGGAUCAGACAACGACAGAAAACAUAUACAGCUUUUUUGAGGCACAAGCCACCGCGUUCCUUCGUGUCAUGACAGAACUUCAACCUACAGACUUGCCAGACGCCAUUGACGACUUUUUCCGUCUCAUGAUUGAUGCUCUACUUUAUUACCCCCAGAAGCUCAUCCCUUCCACACUGCUAGUUCCAAUCUUUGAAGCAGCCAUCUAUGCGCUGACGCUUGAGCAGCGUGAUCCGCUCGUCUCAACGUUGCACUUUCUUCGCGAUCUGUUGUCGUACGGCGGCAACAACCCGGCUAGCAGCGAAGGGCUCCCAGAAGCUGCGGCACAACAGAUUAAGGGCAUGAUCCUCAAUAUGCUGCAAAGCCAUGGAUUGGGUCUGGUCAAACAGGUCAUGGCUGGCAUGAUGCUUACUUUCCCACGAGACUGCUUUGCUGAUGGCAGUGGUGUUCUCUUGGCUCUUUUCGAGAUGAUUCCCGCACAAACCGCCGAAUGGGUUGCGCAGACAGUUCAGUUGUUGCCCGAGGGUACUGUGAACCCGGUCGAGGCCAACAGACUGAUGACCAAGAUCAAAGAGCGACUUUCGACGGAUGACGCCAGCAACCUCCGACAUGUGCGUGUUCUGUUGCAAGAUUUCACAAACUCGUACAGACGACGAAACGUGGCACCCAGAGAUGGUCUAGGACAACUGGAAGCUAGGCGAUUCCAGUUCUCGGGCUGA